AUGGAUGAAUUCAAACUCGAAACACGAGCCUCCCUCAAUCCACCUCAAACAACAUUGGGUCUUGACUACAAUGAAGAGUCCGUGAGUGUACGGGUCCGAAGAGCCUAUCCAAAGGAUUUUUCGAUCAUACAAAAAUUUCUCAACGACAACAGCUUCCUUCUUGCCAAAAGGUUCGGCAACUAUAACCUGAAAUCAGUGUUGGAGACGAGUUACUUGUCAAUUAUUGCAGAGACGGACAACAACCAAAUUAUCGGAUUCGUGUCUUUGGAAUUUGAUUGUAUUUCAGAUCCAGUUGAAUUUGAAAAGUAUUUCUCCCACCUACCUCUAUCAGUUCGGAACGCAACAUGGAUUAGACUAUUGCACUUUGAGCCGUUCUAUGGAGAGCACGUGCUAUUGGAAAUGUUGUCAUCAAUAUUUAUUACAUUUCCUGAAGUCGAUUAUAUUUGCUAUCAACCAGGAAAAAACUUUGCUGGGGUGGAUUACUUUUCUGAAUUUUCAAUUUUCUCCAAAGAGUGUGCAAAAGAUGUCAUUAAAUCAGAGAAUGAAAGAUUUGUUUUUUUAUGUCAUAGAGACUCGUUGGGGAAAGGAGUGAAGAAGCUAUCAAUUAGACAAGCAGUGGUAGAAGAUAAUGAUGAUAUUGUUCCAAUUUUAUCUUGUUGCGAGAACAUUACUUCACUGAAACCAAGUGGAGAGUACUUUUUUGCAAAUCUGCUUUACGAACAGAAUGAUCACCGCAAAAUUCUCAUUGCAACAAAUGACGAAGGUGAGAUAAUUGGUGUCAUGUAUUUAUCUGCUGAGAUUGAUGUCCGACAAAUCAUCACAGAUUACAAACUCCAAAGCGAGGACGUGCCAAUUUAUGAUGAGUUCAUUAAUGAAACUCAAUAUGAAGAUCAAGUCAUCUAUCACGCCAAUGCAUUUGAAAUCAAAUUAUUUUACAUUCAAGAGGAGUACAAGUUUAGAAGCAUUGAUUUUUUAAGGGAGGCAUUCAAAUAUUUCUCAAAUAUCAGGUAUUGCAUUGUUGGUAUUAAUUUUGAAGAUCACACCAAAUCAGAGCAUCCUCUCUUAAAACAAUUUAUUUUUGUCGAACCCAAUCAGGAAUGCUCAAGCUAUUCUCUCCACUUAUUACCAAAGGUUUCAUUGAUGGCCGACUUUUUGGUUGUGAAGGCAACUGAAACAUCUCUUGACAAGAAUUCAUCACCAGAAGAGACCAUUUUAAAUUUACUAAGAUUGGCUGAAUUCGAUGACGAGUUUAUUUCAGCAGUCGCAAAAAGCUUCAAGGGUUCCAGAUACGUGACAAUGCUUCUCUUUGAUAAAAACUCAGCAAUUGGAGGGCAAAAUGAGAUCAUUGGUAUUUCUGUCAUUGAUACACAGGUCAAUGAAUUUUUACUUCGAAGACAUUUUGAUUUUACAGAAUACAUUGACUACUCUGCCUAUUCUUCUAGAGGAACAUGCCAGGGAAUGAUCACUCACUACUACAUUGAGCAAAAAUUUUUCAGAUAUUCAAAACUAUUUUUGAAAGAGGUCAUGAAAAAACUGGACAAACACAUUCUAUACUAUGGAUGCUACAGGGGAGAGGUACCGAAUGAAAGUUUGAAUAAGGAAUUAAUUUAUUUGAAAUCAACAAGACAAAUAGAAUUUCCAGAAUUCAACUCUGAAACCAAUGGAAGACUCUCUGCAGCCGACAAUGAAACAGUCGUCACCACAGCAACCACCACAACUGUAUCGAGCGGUGGUUCAAGAAUUCAAACCAAUGUACAAUAUGACUCACUUUAUUUUAUUAACAGAAGAUUUUUGAGCGAGGAGAAGACUGAAAUAUUUUCUAGAAUUGUAGUUAUUGGCGGUUCCAAAACUGGACUUGGAUUUAUUAAGGAGCUUUCAGUCAAUUCCUCUCUUUACUUUAACAAUAUCAUUGUCGUUUCUCCUGCCAAUGGCGAUGGAAACUAUUCUGACUUUUAUGCCGAUGAUACGGAUGAAGAGUUUAGCAAUAGAGAACUCCAAAAUAUGAUCUCCCUUCCAAAUAUUUUCUUUGUUAGAGAUAAAUUGGAAGAUAUAGACAGACACAACAAGAGAGUAAUAUUGAAUGACAACUCAUCAAGCUUUAUCACGUAUGAUAUCCUCAUUUUGUGUACAAGUAGACAAUACAAAAUGAAACAGAAAUAUCUCGAAUUGCAAGGAUAUCCAAAACGAGGAAUUUUGAAUUUGAACAGCACCGUGUUAAAUGAACAAGGGGAGGAAUUGACUCUUACCGAUUAUUUAUCGACCUUCUUUGUGAAAAACGAUGAUCGGUACAGAGAAGAAAACUCAUUCGUUGUGGUCUAUGGUUCCUCUUUGGAUGCAUUGUGUACAGCCAGAGCGUUGUUAGAAAAUUAUGAAGUUGAUCCAUCUAAAAUAUUGCUCAUCUUUCCUGAAGGUAAAAAGUGUGUACUGAAUGAGAAUGAUUCUCUUGAAGAAAAGAUGGACUCUGUAUUGGAAGUGGUUGGAUUGAAAAGUUUAAUGUUUUAUCACUUGGAAGAUAUGGCAUCUGAUGAUGAUGGAAAUCUGAUUAAGAUUUAUCUUGCUCAGGGUGCUGAAGCCGAAAAGGACGAUACAAAACUUAAGAAUACCAAGCUACUCGAGUUGGAUUGCUCUCUAUUUAUUAAUUGUCAUUCCAAAGAUGUUGAUGAUGGAAUUCUUUCCACAGUCAACAGACAGUCUCUCGUUUUUGACGGAAGAUUAAUUGUCGACACUCAAUUUAGAACUACCGAUCCGAGUAUUUAUUCAGCAGGUCCAAUGGCAAAGUUUUCAAGAAGAUUUGGUGAAUCUAGAAUGAUGGAAGCUUUCAACUCUUCAGAAGUUGGUGCAAAACUUGCAAGAUCCGUGUUGCACUCUCUCGGAGUUGGUGACUACGCAUUCCAGCCUGAUUUAAUGCCUACCUUUACAAAGAACACUUCUAUCAGAUGUAUUCUUCCAGGAGGUGUGAGAUUCUUCAGAUCUAUGACUUCUACUUUUGAUGUUGAAAAAUGUCUAAAGUUCGAAACUACUUGCAACACAGGAUCAGCUCAAUUACGUCAAUGUGUGGAUUCGUUCAGAUAUUGCUGCAUUUAUGUUGACAAGACUACAAAUUGUAUUGAAUGUAUCUGUUAUCUUGGACAAGAGCUUGUGGAAGAAGGAAAUUUAGCAAGUUUGGUUGGUCUCCCAGUGUCAUACUUCAACGAUUUGGUGAAUCGAUAUCAAGAAGGACUCAUCACAGAUUUUAUUUCCUUCCUGAGAGAGAAUUGGGUUAUGGCAAUUUUAUGUCACAAAUUCAUGUCUUUCAAGAACGAUGUGAAAAAGAAGCUCUUAAACGAGGAGACAUUAAUUGGAAAUAUUUAUGAUGUAUGUAGUGAGAUGGCAGAAAGAUUAUUGAAAGGAGAAGUGGAGAAUUUAACUAUCGAUCCAUCUCUAUUCAUCAAUUUGGAGAAGAAGGUUUCAAGAGAUGCGAAAAUACUCGUGCAAUCUGAGUUAAUUGAUUUCUUGAGCGUUCAUCAAGACAUUCUGCAUUCUAUUCCUUCUGUGUAUUUUGUACCAAAGAAUUAG